UCGCUUCUUCCCCCGCCCAUCGGUCGCCGUUGUCUGAGUCGCACUUGGGCGGCCGCUCCGUCUCCCGCCCUGCGGUCGCCGCCGUAAGAUCUUGGACGGGCCCCUAGAUCUUCAACGGCCCAGCCGGCCCGCGCCGCCCGGCGGCCCUCUAUCUCCGUCGCAGAAUCUUCUGACGGCGCCCGAGAUCGGUUCCUCCGCGCGUCGUGAUCCCUCGCAUAGGAUAUCGGCAUGGCUGGUGAAGGCAUCUCGAUAGAUGAAUUUAUGGAGUACGGCUCGAUGGUCAGGCAGACAUUUAAAAGUGAGAACGAAGCGUACAAGUUCUACUUAGGGUAUGCGAAGAGCAAAGGGUUUGGUGUUAGAAAGGGCGAUCUGAAAUAUAAGGGAAACAAGGAAAAUGCAUACCGGAGGACGUUUGUGUGCUGCAAACAAGGAUAUUGUGACGUAAAGCACUUUGAUGAAACCGACAAGAAAUGUACGCCAAGGGCAUUCUCUCGGUGUGGUUGUCCUGCUCUUUUGUAGGUUGAGCUUCAAGCAAGCACUGGGUUGUGGUUUGUAAAGAAUUUUGUUGACCAACAUAGCCAUCCAUUCCUAAAUCCUGAGUUGUCACCUUUCCUGUGGUCUCAUCGUGGCCUGAACGACCCACAGAAGGCGGAUGUCAUUGAGUACUCAGUUGGUGGACUUCGCACACAUCAUAUAAUGGAUGUGAUGGAGAAGCAGGCUGGUGGUUUCGGCAAGGCUGGAUUUAUAUCUCGCGAUCUGUAUAACCAUGUCGCAUUGGAGAAGAAGAAAAAGAUAGAAGGUAGCGAUGCUCAGUUUAUGCUGAACUACAUGACAGCACAACAGAUGAAAGACCCAGAUUUUUUUUACAGAUACACCACAGACAAUGAUGGGCAUCUGCAAAACAUAUUCUGGGCAGACGCCCAAUCUCGCUUGGACUAUGUUGCAUUUGGUGGUGUGGUGGUGUUUGACAGCACAUACUGGUCAAACAAAUAUAGGUUGCCGUUUGUUCCAUUUGUGGGGCUGAACCAUCACCGCAGCACAGCCGAGUUUGGGGUUGGUCUUGUAUCCGGCGAAUCGGCUGACUCAUAUGAGUGGCUGCUUCAGGUUUUUUUGGAGGCAAUGCACCAGAAGCAUCCCAUUUCAGCGAUCACAGACGGCAACACUUCAAUGGCCAAAGCCAUAUCAUCAGUCUGGCCUAGCACAUAUCACCGUCUGUGCAGCUGGCAUAUCGAGCAGAAUAUGGUGCUUCACCUCCGAAAGGAAAAGCUUAAGGAAUUUAGGAAAUUUAUUUACUAUGCCAUGGAGAUGCAUGGAUUCACAUGAUGUACGAGCUGAGAGAGAAGUGGUCUGUAGCAUAUAACAAGGAAAGGUAUUUCCUAGGGAUGUUGAGCAAUCAGAGGAGUGAGUCUCUAAACUCGAGGCUUCAUGUGCACCUGAAUAGGAGAAUGAAACUCGUUGAUCUUGUGCAACACGUUGAACACUGUGUGUCAGUUUUGCGUCGGAAUGAAGCAGCAUUGGACGAUGUAGCUUCGCACACAAUCCCCUUCACUAGAUUGACUGCCGACCCACUUGAGAUAAGUGCGUCAUCUAUUUAUACCCCUGUUAUGUUCAGUAAGGUAAAGGCCGAGAUUGUCAACUUAUCAAGAUGGAAUGUUCUUGAGGUGGAAGAGGACACUGGUUUGGUUAGCUAUGGAGUUGCUCGCAAAGAGUCGGUGCAUGUUAGGUUCCAUGUCAUAUGUAUUUUUGAUGGAUCUAAGAUGGAAAGUGCAUAUUGUGGAUGUAGGAAGAUGGAAAGCGAGGAUUUUCCAUGUGCUCAUAUAUUUUGUGUUCUGAAGUACAAUGGGAUAUGCACCAUCCCCGCAUGUUGUGUGAAGGCUAGAUGGACAAUGCAAGCCAAGCCUGCUUUCGGUUCUGUGAGGAGUGCCAAUACACAUGUAUGGUCAGAACAGAUGGAUAAGUACCGUGAACUGCGCAAUAUGGCUAGCGAGGCUUUAUUCACGGCCUCAGCUAGCGAAAUGCAGUCAUAAAAGGUGAUGGAGUACCUGAGGAGCAUAUUGGACGAGGGCAACAGAAAUGAUGUGAAUACUGGCACACCAUCAUUUGUUCCUAUGCCGACGUAUUUUUCUGGGGCGCGGCAAUGGUUUAUAGAUCAAGUUCAAGACCCUAAACCAAUAAUAAAUCCCAAAGGCGUACCAGCCAAAGAAUCGAAUAAGAGGUUGAAGCCAUUCCUGGAGAAUUUGAAAGCAAAAAAGAAAACAUUGAAGAAAGUUCAUGGUCAGUUGAGUAGGGGGAGGAAGAAAAAAGUGAACAAUACUGUGGAAGAAGUAGAAGAAGAAGAAGAAGAAGAGGCAGAAGAAGAGGAUCGUGCUAAGAAGAGGAAACCGGUGAAGAAAGCUUCAGCAAAGGUGACUGAAGUUAUUAUGAUGACUCGGGGGAGAAAGAGAAAAGAGAACAAUGACGAAGUGUGUGCUAAGAACAAAAGACCUUUCAAGAAAACGGCUGGAAAGUCUAAGUAGACAGACAAAGAUGACAAGGGGGACAAAGAAAAGAUGACAAUAAAUCCACUUUUUGUUUGCCAUUAUUCUGUCGAAUUAUUGGUCACAAGUGUUAUACAUUCAGUUUUUUACUAUGGAAUUUAUCAUCAGAGUUAUAUUUGUACUAUGGAAGUUAUCAUCAGAGCUAUUGGAUGUGUGUGUCCUUGUGAACUUGUGAUUAUGUGCUAUGCUAAAUGCUAUGGGAACUAAACCUGUGAACAUGUUCUAUUUGAAUUCUGCCAAAAAUGAGCAUGGGUUCACUUUA